AUGGUGCCCCAGCAGAGUGAAGUGAAAGUCUUAAAAGUGAUGGUACGUUUCGACGAUGUCAGUGUACUCGUCCCAUGCACCGACAGUUCCAUGACCAUCAAACAGCUGAUGCUUGCGGCCGCCAACCGGUUCAAGAAAGCCAUUGGAAAGCCGCAUGAAUAUGGCGUGAAUGUCAUCAAUCUGAAGUCCUUGGAGGGCGGGAUACUCGAUGAGGACGAUGAAGUGUCGCAAGUUAUCGAAAACAAAGAAAAGAUAAUCGCCGUUUUUGAGGAAGACGACAAAAGGAUACGAAGCAGUCGUGGAGAUGGCAGAAGUUCAAUUGAGACGAACAGUCCCGACAUGUCUAGGAAGCAACCAGCGAAGAUGAAUUAUCCAGACGAAUGUUUCGAUGAAAAUUCCUUCAUGACCAGACAAACCAGUGAACCAGUUCUCAGCGCCAACGACCCGCAACUGAUGGAUGACGACCCGAAUGCCAGUUGCAGUCAAGACGACACCAUCUUAUCAAUGAGAAGAUUCGAGAGGUCCUCCACCAGAAGAAGAUGUAGCAGCAACGGCAACAACGUCAGCCAGCCACAACAUGUUUCGUCGGCACUACCUCCAAUUGGCUUCGUUAGGAAUGCUAGUUGGAGAAAAUCAACAUUCAGAGGGAGUAAGAAUGUGAUGAACUGGGUUCAAAACCAACAGCAGCAGCAUCUUAAGGUUGGUGCUAGUGCGUCCGAUUUUUUCUAA